AUGAAGAAAUGGAUUCAGACAUGCAAGAGAAAAGGUUCAUCUUCUGAGUGUAGUGAUUGGUCCCAAGAGAAGAAGAGGAAGCUCAAAAGACCGGAGCCAGUGACUUUCGAGGAUGUCAACGUGGUGUUCACAAAGGCUGAAUGGAAGAGACUGAGCGCUGAGCAGAAGAAGCUCUACAGAGAAGUGAUGCUGGACACUUACAGGAAUCUGCUGUCUUUGGGUAAAGUGAUGAAGGAAUUAAAAAUGUUAAGAUUUGGAGCAGACAGCUACAGAGAGGAUGGAGCCGACUGUGGUCUGAAGGCAGACUUCAUCACAAACCAGAGGUCGGUCUUCUGGGGGCAUCCCUAUGUUUGCAGUGACUGUGGCCGAACUUUUCACCGGCAAUCAGACUUGCAACAGCACCAAAGGAAACACUCCGACGAGAAGGCAUACGUGUGCAAGGAGUGUGGGCGUAGCUUUAAAUUCCAGUCAUCCUUCAGCCACCAUCAGAGGACACACUCAGGGGAGGAACUGUAUGAUUGCCGUGAGUGUGGCCGAGCCUUCUACCGGAAAGUGAACCUUCUCAUGCACCAGAGGACACACUCAGGGGAGAAGCCAUAUGUUUGCCGUGAGUGUGGCCGAGGCUUUACUCAUAGUUCAGUCCUUCGUUCUCAUGAGAGAACACACACAGGGGAAAAACCAUAUGUUUGCGAUGAGUGUGGCCGAAGCUUUGCCCAUAACUCAAGCCUCCUUUACCACCAAAGGACACACUCAGGGGAGAAACCUCAUGUGUGCGAGGAAUGUGGACAAAGCUUUCAUGUGAAGUCUGCUCUAAAUAGUCACAAGAGGACACACUCAGGGAUAAAACCUCACAUAUGCCAGGAGUGUGGCCGAGCCUUUGACCGGAAAUGGACUCUUCUUGCCCACCAGAGGAAACACUCAGGAGAGAAGCCAUAUGUUUGCAGUGAUUGUGGCCGAGGCUUUGCCAAUAAGUCAAGCCUCCAGUAUCACGAGAGGACACACUCAGGGGAGAAACCUCACGUGUGCGAGGAAUGUGGGCGUAGCUUUCUUGUGAAGUCUGCUCUCAAUAGUCACCAGAGGACACACUCAGGGUUGAAACCUCAUGUUUGUGAAGAGUGUGGCCGCGCCUUUGACCAGAGAGGGAGCCUUGUCUCACACCAGAGGAUACACUCAGGGGAGAAACCACAUGUGUGUGAGGAGUGUGGUCAGGCGUACUUCUGGAAAUCGAAUCUUCUCUCACACCAGUGGAAACACUCAGGAGAGAAGCCAUAUCUUUGCAGUGAGUGUGGCCAAGCCUUUGCCCAUAGAUCAGGCCUCCGUUCCCAUGAGAGGAAACACUCAGGGGAGAAACCUUAUGUUUGCAGUGAGUGUGGCCGAGGCUUUGCCCAUAACUCAGGCCUCCGUUACCACGAGAGGACACACUCAAGGGAGAGACCUCAUGUAUGCCAGGAAUGUGGACGAAGCUUUAGUGUAAAGUCUGCCCUCAAUGUUCACCAGAGGACACACUCAGGGUUGAAACCUCAUGUGUGCCAGGAGUGUGGCAGAGCCUUUGACCGGAAAUGGAGCCUUCUCUCGCACCAGAGGAUACACUCAGGGGAGAAACCACAUGUGUGUGAGGAGUGUGGCCAAGCAUACUUGCACAAAGGGGCUCUUCUCGCACACCAGAGGAAACACUCAGGAGAGAAGCCAUAUGUUUGCAGUGAGUGUGGCCGAGGCUUUGCCCAUAAGUCAAGCCUCCGUUACCACCAGACGACACACUCACGGAAGAAACCUCACGUGUGCCAGGAGUGUGGGAAGAGGUUAUCUUCAAGAGAUGCCGGCGCAGCCUUUGACUCAGACGACUUCCGGAUCAGUUCCUCGGCGCGCGAGAUGACGUUGCAAGCACUUGAGGUGGUCGUGUGCGGCCCGCACAACGCGCUGGAUGGAAACGCGUUGUGCGGGCCGCACACGACCACCUCAAGUGCUUGCAACGUCAUCUCGCGCGCCGAGGAACUGAUCCGGAAGUCGUCUGAGUCAAAAGCUGCACCGGCACCUCUUGAAGGUUCGCUCUGA